UGACAAUGAGUAGUGAAAAUUCACCCGGAGACACUGAGAAUCACAUUAAUCAAACUGUUACAGCUCUUAGAAAUUCAUGGGUAGUUUGCAAAUCUAAGUCGUAUGUUGGACGUAUUUAUUAUUUUAACACUUUAACUGGUGAAGCAGCAGAAAAGGACUAGAAUUCUUCAAAAUCAACCUGGGACUUCUUUGGAAAGUUGUCCAGAGCCCAAAGACCCUCCUUCUCAUUGUCAGAAGGAGGGUCCUUCAUACAAUAAACAUUUAUGUAAGAAAGAUGGUUCUGACUUAUGUAAUGCACAUCCUAACAAAAAUCAAUUAACAAAGGAUUUUUACCCACAUCAGCAGUACACAGUAACUCCUUUUUUAAACGCUCAAUGUGUAAAUUGUAAUACUUAUAAUGUAUCUAAUGGAAGUGGCAUGACUAUGCAUCCUCCGUCAGUUUUUAAUCCAAAUGUUUGGACUUUUCCACCUAAUCAUCAAUUUGUUAUUGCUCCAUCUACACCUUUAAUAAACCAGAGUCAUGCACCAUUGAAUAUGGCUUAUGAUAAAAUGGAACAGCAUGUAUCAGUACAAAAUCCAUCAACACCGUUUUUGAGGAGACCAAGUUUUCAAAAUGACAUGUUUGAUAGUAGCAAUCAAAGAUUUCGCCAAGGAACUUCUAAAUACACUAAUAGGAAAAAUUUUAUGAAUGUUUACCAACGAAGAAAUAAUUCAAAUUAUUUUAAGAAAUUUAUUGAACCUUCUACAUCUAAUGAUUUACGUCAAAAAAUAUGUGCAAAAAGAGGUUUCGGCUACAACAAAAUAAAUGAAAAUAAUUAUCAAGGUUUGUAUAUUAAUGUAUAUUAAAUUUGUAUAUAAAUAUUGAACCAAAAAUACAAAUAUACAAACCAUCUGCAAAAGUGUUGUGCCCUAUAGAUGCAGAUGAUAAUUGGUUAAAGGAGCAUGCUUAUGUUGAGGGAACACAAUUGAAACUAAAUGUAGAUCCACUUAAACACAUUGUGAUGUUGGAUGUAGAACUGGCUUGCUGGUACAUUGUAGCAGACUCAAACACUUUACUUGAACACUUUAACUUUAUAAAUGUUAUAGUAAACUCUGAUGAGCAAUGUCAACUAAUGGUGCCUGACGACACAAUGGCAGCACUACAAACGGCAAGUAGAUCUGAAGAUUCAAAACGCAUGAGUCGCGCUCAUUUAGUACUUCGACUUUUGUCCCAACAACUGACCACGGGUGGUGCUGUUAUGGGAAAAUAUUCAACAAAAAGCUCCGAAAAUUACAGUAUCCUUGAUUUUACAUUGAAUUUGGCAGAACAGAACCAUAAUGUUGUCCUUUUGUGUAACAGCAUCGAAUCAAAAGAAAUAAAUUAUAGUGAUAUCAUACCAGUUUUCACAAUUCAAGAGAUUAAAGAAAUAUUAGAAAAUAGAACUAAUCCAACUAAGCCUAAAGCCGAAGUAAUCGAUACGGGUCGUAUAAAAAUUACUAUCCCUAAUAUAAAUCCAGAUUAUGAAAUUAGUUCUUGUGUGACAGAAAAACCAAUUGAUUUGGAUACCGAUAAAGUAAACCCACCGAAAUCGAAUAGUAACUUGAAUACAGGAAAAACUACUUUAGAAAUGGGUGUCCAAACAGAAUUUGAAUGUGGUAUAGAUAAAAAUAAGGAAACUGUUCAUACUGAUAGUAUCGUUCAUAAUUCUGUAGAUAACAAAUUUGUUGAAUUCAAUGACAGUAAUUGUCAAAGUACUGAAUUCAAUUCCAAUACUGUAAAUAAUCAACCUAAGAAAAGAGAGAUACGCUUAAAACGUAAUAUAUCUCAACAAUCAUCAAGUGUUAGUGAAAAUAAUACGAUGAAAAAGCAAUUCAAAUGGCGAAGACGAAAAAAGGAGGUUUCCGAACCACCUUUGGAAUCUAAACAAACAAAAAGAAAUGACAUUUGUACUGCUAAUACUGACACAUCACAAAGACAUCCUGAUAUCAGUGCCGAUACUGAAGAUGUCCUUUUUGAGGGUGAUCAAACAAAUGAAAAUAAACAAACACCCAAUAAAGACCCUUGCGGCGAUAACUAUAGUGAUACCACAAGUGGUUCGUGUUUUAUUUAUAAAGACGCUAGUAAAACAACUAUUAUUGAAGAAACAUCUACUUCGGGAGUUAUUUCAAACACUGCAAGUAUUGUAGACUCUGAAAGCUUAUACAGUAUAAAAGAAAACAAUUCAACAUAUAUCAGUAACAAUAAUGGUGAUCAACGGUCAAAUAAAUGUUUUAUGUUUGAAGUUGAAAAUUCAGUUAUGGAGGAACAUUUAAAAAUGAAAUCAGAUGAAUGGCUAUCUAGGUUUGUUCAAAUAAUGGAAGAUAUUUUAACUCAAGUAUUAUGUCUCGAUCCACCAUAUGAUCAUCCAAGUUUGCGUCCUCCUUGGAAUUUACACGAAGCAUCAGAAUGUAUCAAAAGAAAGUUUAACACAGAUGCUCGUAUAAAUGACGCUGCAAGUAAAUUAUCUAACGUUUUAUACAGAAAUAGUGAUGAUAGAGGUAUAAUAGAUAUCCAGUUAAAACCAACUUCAUUUAUGGAAAUUUAUAGCUAUGGAGUUUAUUUGGUCGAUUGUUUAAAGGCAGUGCUAAGUAAUUUUGAAGAUCUUAAAACAGCAGCAGAGUCGCUUGCCAAAUUGUUAGAGGACAUUCAGAGUACUAAUAAUUCCAAUAACGACUCUUUCACCGAUAAUAGCAACGAUCCGUCUGCAAAUGACACACAGUGCAGUAGCGCAAAUAGUACUGAGAAAGGAAUUUGUUGUAAUAACGAUACUAAAAAAAGUACCAGGAAUAAUUUGGAAAGUAAAUCUAUUGCAGAUAUUGACGAUUGCGACGGGAUAAUCGAUUUUGGGUCCAAUCAAACACAAAACGAUGCAGAAAUAGGCGCAGUGCAGCAUGUCAAAUUUGUCAGAAAGAUAGAUAUAGAGUCGACAUUCUUUUCAAGUUUACAUCUUCAAAGAAAAGAAGGUGACAUUGGUAGUAGAGCAUCUGCAAAAAGUUUAGCUGAAGUAAUUGAGUCAAAUCCCGAUGAUGUAGUUCCAAACAAAGAUGUGCCUGAGCCUAAAAUUAUUAGAAAAUUUAAUAAAUGUUUAGAAUUUGAAGAACGUUUAAAAAAUAAGCAAAGGGAACUUUUAGAUUUAGACUCAUUAGAUUACAGAGAUGACAAGCUUGAGGAAUUUUGUUAUGAUGAAGAGUAUAACUCUGUUUAUGACAACUACAUGAAUGAUGAGAAUGAAGAUUUAUCUGAAAUGAAAUCUGAUUAUCAAACUGACGAAACUCAAGAUAUUAAUAACGAAGCCACUUACAAUUCUAAGUGGAUUAUAGGUAAAACUAUGAAUGAAGUGCAACAAGCUUUGGCACAGAUGCAUGCUUUUUGUGAUAAUACGCGCGGUGAAUUAAAUUCUUCCCAACCAUUGUCUCCAAUGAGAAAACUUAAAAUUCAAGAACAAGCUGAAAAUGCUCGAGUGCAUUUAACUAAUUUGUUCCAAUCUUUAAGCAGUAUCAUGGAGAGAGAAGAUAAAGAAGAGUGCGAUACUAACAUACUCAAUAUUUUUAACGAGAUUGGCAUUUUCUUGGAUCCUAGCCAAGCGGCUGAAUACAGGAAAAUUAUUGGGAACAGCAUAGAACAAACUUAUAUCCUACUUGAAUCUGUCAACAUUGUUCUAGAAGCUGUGAAAUAA